AUGACACAGUUGCCAAAAGUUUACUCUAAACUAAACAGUGAUCAGGAAAAAGAGAUUGAUGAAAUUAUUAAAAAGAUGCAGGAUGGAUUGUUUGUUAAUGAAUCUGAAAUAUCAGAACUUGGCUGGAUUGUUAAAUAUCUAUAUGAGGAAUUCUUGCUAAAGGUGGUAAUUAUCACUUUUACACCGAUCAUGUGA